UACGGCCUGUCACACACAACACACACACUUUCUCUCUCUCUAAUCUUACCCACGUAAAACCCAUAUGUUCCUUUUCAUAUUCUUUGGUCCAAAUCCAAAACCACUACAACCAUAGUUAGCCUUACUACAGGCUCUUUUUCUUUCGACUUCGACCUCAUUUUUACUCGAUCUUCUUUUCUUCAGUUCUGCAAGCCUCUUUUUCUCUUUGGGUCUUAUCUUUCGACGAGAAAAGAGAUGGGGUUUAAUGGGGUUUUCUUCUGAAUAAUAAGAGUUAUUAUUGGUCGAAGAUAGAGUUGCUUUACCCCUUUAGUUCCUUAAAAUCUCUAGGAGAAGGAAGAAGAAGAAUAACAAGGAAAAACGAAUAUAUCUCUAUAUAUUAUAUAUAUGUACACGUAUAUAUAGACAAUAAAGCUACUGAUUUUUUUUCUUCUUUCCAAUAAGUUGUUCGAUUGGAUUGGUAAAAUAGGCCAAAAGGGAUUAAAGUUUGAUCAUUGGGGGUGAUGAUAUGGGUAAGAAGAAGCAGCAGCAGAAAACAAAGGAAAUUUCAGUAGCCAUAGCUGAAGCUUCAUCUAUAAAAGGAGAAGAUGACACCCAUCAACAAGCGCAGCCUCAGACGCCGAGAAAGAGAGGCAGGCCUCGGAAAAGCAUGGAAAUAAAUAGCGAAAAAAAUCAAGAGAAAACAGUACGAGUAGAAAUAGCAGCUGAGAAAGAAGAAGAAGAAAUAAUUGGUGAUGUUAUCAUUAUUAGCCAGAGUCAAUCCAAGAAAGCUAAAAUCGAUGAACAAGAACAAGAAGCACAUGUUCAAGUAGAAGGGGAAGCUCAUCAGAAGCUAAUUAAGGAAGAAGAAGAAUCAUCGGCAACCAUUGCUAAGAAGGAUCUUCCCAGGAGGAAAGGUAGAAGAAAAAGCAAACCCAGAAAGAGUAGCUAAUUAUGGUUACUAUAAAUCAUCGUAUUUAAUUUGGUCCUCUCGUGUAUUUCUCACUCUCAGUGGACAUGCAGGAUUUUUUUCUAAGGAAAUUAAGAAAAGAAAAGAAGGGAAAGAUCAAAAUGAUUGUUAAUUGUUUUUUUCUUCUUUCUCUCUAAUGUUGUAGCUUUUGGUUCUAGUGAGAAAGGAAGGGCUUGAUUUUUAAAUUGCA